AUGCCUCUCGGAUGGUACCUCGCUCAGGGUUUAUACCCACUUGGUCCAUCCAGUAGCGAUGAUGAGGAGGGCCCCUGUGAGUUGCCUAAUGGCCGACUCGUUUGUGGUCCACAUGGUCUUGUCGUUUGUGGAAAAUGCUGCACAGAUUACAGCUUCAUGAGCGGUUCUUCGGAUGAAGAUGAAGACUACGAUGAUGAUGACGAUGACGAUGACGAUGGCGAUGAAGAUGAAGACGAAGAUGAAGACAGCCCUAUGAAAGACGCCCCGAUUAACGAGGAUGGCGAUGCUGAUCCACCACGUCUCUUUGGCGAGGAAAUGAGAAGAGGCACCGGCCAGGUCAUCCCUGAGAAGUUCACUCCACCGACGACUUCCAUCAUGCCAUUGGAGCUGUUUCGCGGCCAGGCAACUUAUUUUAGACAGAUUAGAUACAUCCACCGUGAUGACCCCCAAACUGUUCUCAUUUUCACUGACGGCGCCUGCUUGAAUAAUGGCCAGCCAAACCCCAAAGCCGGCUGGGCGGUCGUCUAUGGACCGGGAUUCACGGGCAAGCCGUUAAUUGCAUCUGGCAGGUUAGAGCAAAAGGGACCUUUUGGUGACGAGGGCAUUCAAAGCAGCAACAGGGCCGAGCUUCGUGCUGUUAUUGCAGCUUUGCGCCUUCGAUACUGGCCUGGUGAAGGCUUUACUACCAUGGUCAUCGCUACUGACUCGGAAUAUGUGGUUGAAGGAUCUACAAAGUGGGCGAAAACAUGGACUAGAAAGGGUUGGAAGACGAACACAGGUGCGGAAGUCAAGAAUAAAGACAUGUGGGAAUUGCUCCUGGGUGAAUUUGAGAGAUGGAAGGAGGAAGGUCUCUCUAUCAAAUUCUGGAGAAUCCCAAGAGAUUGGAACAAUACCGCGGAUGAGGCUGCGAAGAAGGCUGCUUCAGAGAAUGAGGCGCUUAACCAGUGGUGUCAUUUCAUAGGUCUUCCUUUUUAA